AUGAUCAGAUUUGAAAUGAGAAAUUGUUGGAUGAAAUGCAAACUUGCAAUAGACAAUAACUUGAAUAUAGAACAAUCCGUAUACUCAAGUUUUGUUACAUGUAAUAUAAAUGUUGAUGUAUGUUUGCACAAUUUCUUUGGCUUUUUUCGCAUUCAUUGUGCAUUGUUGAUAGCUGGCGAUAAAAGAAAAAAAAUGAUAAAAGAUGCGGAAGCUGAUGUUCAUGUCUCGCUAAUUUCACAACCAUAUAAUCAUCAUCAUCAACCAUCAUCAUUAUCACAUCGUUCAAUUUCGAAAUGGUUUUAUCGACGAUUUCGAAGAUUCAUUCUUCUUCAAUCAUUAUCAUGGUCUAAUUUUAUUAUAGUCUGCCUGAUCAUAUUAUUCAUCAUUGUAUUUUUGUUCAGUGAAUUCAAUGUAUUAAUACAAUCAUCCAAUACAUCUUUGUCUUCGAAAACAUCCGAUUUAUCGACUACAAAAAAUGAAUAUAUUCGUUACAUCGAAGAAUUAAGUUCAAUAUCGGAACAUCCAUCGCAUCGUAUUCGAGCUGCACAGAUCAAUGAACAAUUACGUCGAAUUGAAAUGAGUUUGAAAGAGAAUCGGGAAAUAUUGCACUCAAUUCGUAACAGUAUUGUGAUUACGAUCGGAUCAAACACCACUUAUAAUAAACAAAAUAAAUUGAUUGAUUUUUUCCGAAAAAGCCAAAUUUCUGUUGAAGAUGUUUUCAAUCAAAAACAAAUUUGUCCAUCAGUUACCUCUCAAGCACAAUUCUUUCCAGAUAUUGAUAUGCAUCAAGUUUACGAACAAAUGCCAUUCGAUAAUGUUGAUGGUGGUGUUUGGAAACAAGGCUGGCCAUUAGAGAUUGAAGAACUAGAUUUUCAAAAACCGAAACCGAAAUUAAAAGUGUUCAUUGUACCACAUAGUCAUAAUGAUCCUGGCUGGAUCAAAACAUUUGAUGUUUAUUUUUCAAAACAAACUCAACAUAUUUUAACUAAUGCUGUCGAAUUUAUGACUCAACAUCCUGAUAUGCGAUUUAUAUGGGCCGAAACAAGUUAUCUAUCGGCUUGGUGGGAAACGACAAACGAUGCACACAGAGAAAUGUUACGUAGAUUGAUAAUUGAAAAACGUUUUGAAAUAGUCACCGGUGGAUGGGUGAUGAACGAUGAAGCCAAUACUCAUUAUUGGUCAAUCUUACAUCAAAUGAUUGAAGGUCAUGAAUGGCUUGAAAAUAAUAUCGAUAGUGAACACCAAACAUGGAGACCAAAACAUGGCUGGGCAAUUGAUCCGUUUGGAAUGUCACCAACGAUGGCAUACUUGCUGAAAUUGAUGGGAUUUCGAGCAAUGGUCGUUCAACGAGUUCAUUAUUCGAUCAAAAAACACCUAGCACAUAAUCAUCAACUCGAAUUUCGAUGGCGUCAAUAUUGGGAGCAAACCAGCACGACAUCUAAUGAUGAAGGAGACAUCGUUUGUCAUGUUGAACCAUUUUAUUCGUAUGACAUUCCGCACACAUGUGGUCCGGAUCCGAAAGUCUGUUGUCAAUUUGAUUUCAAACGAUUGGCUAAGCCAAAGUGCCCUUGGAAAAUCAAUCCUCAAAUUAUUACUGAUGCUAAUGUAGAAGAAAGGGCUAAGACAUUGUUAGAUCAAUAUCGAAAGAAAUCUUUAUUGUAUCGAACUAAUUCUUUGUUAGUUCCACUUGGUGAUGAUUUUCGGUAUGAUGACAUCAAAGAAUGGCGAAAUCAAUACGAUAAUUAUCGCCGUAUAAUGCAUUUUUUGAAUUCACGAUCGGAAUUCAAUGUCGAGAUUAAAUUUGCCACAUUGAACGAUUAUUUCGAUUCAAUUUUAACUAAUGAUGGACAAUUAUCUCAAACGGAGCAGUUUCCGACAUUAGUGGGCGAUUUUUUUACUUAUGCUGAUCGUGAUGAUCAUUAUUGGAGUGGUUAUUAUACUUCAAAACCAUUUUACAAACGUUUCGAACGCAUACUUGCUAGUCAUUCAAGAGCUGUCGAAAUUCUUUUUUCCAUGGCCAACAUCAUUCUCAAUAACAAUGUAACCAUUAAUCAUGAUCCAUUCGAGCAUUUGACAUAUGAAUUGACAUUCGCCAGACAAAAUCUAGCAUUAUUCCAGCAUCAUGACGGUAUUACUGGAACUGCCAAAGAUUCUGUUGUCGUUGAUUAUGCCAAUAGAAUGUUGCGAUCAUUUCAAAUUUUACAAAAGGUAGCUACAUCAUCUUUAUCGAUGAUAACAAAUCAUUCGAUCCCUGAAUUGGAAUUCAUGCACACUUUUGUGAAUAUCCAGUCUCCUAUUCGAAAACAUUCAUUUCUUCUAAAUCCGGAGACACGAAAGUAUUUUAUCUUGUAUAAUAGUCUGGGCUGGACGCUUGACACUCAGGUAUUCUGUUUCGAUAUCCAUUGGACUACUGACAAUUUUAGCAUGCCCGAUUGGUGUUUAACAUCAAACGAUGUUGAUAGUUCGAAUCCUGAUGUUUCAAUCAAAAUCAUACAAAUCAAUCAUCAAUGGCGAGAUUUGCAUCCAUCCAGCGAACCAUUAGAAAAACGUCGUGAAAUUUGUUUUCAACCUAAACUUGGACCUAUUUCACUUCGACAAUAUUGUUUCGGUCAUUGCCGAUGUUCACCGGUUGAUAGUGGUAGCUAUCGACAUCAUGAAAAACAUGAAAGCUUCGUUACACUUUAUAAUUCUCAUCGAGAUUCGAUGGUAGCGAAAAAACCAUUCGAUUAUCACGUUCUGUCACUCAUAUCAUCGGCUCCCAAUACGACCAUCGAAAACGAACUAAUCCGUUUGACUUUCGAUUCAACAUCAAUGAACGGUCUAUUGAAAUCUUGGAGCUAUUAUAAUUUUCAGACAAAAUCAUGGAUAUCUAUUGAUGUAAAAAUGACGAUAUUGACUUUUGGUACCAAAUCUGGUGGAAAAAAUGUUCAAAAAUCCGGUGCUUACAUAUUUUUGCCAGAUGAUCAAAAUCCAGUUCCACUUGAAUGGACGAAUAAGCCAAAGAUUCGAGUUACAAUAGGAAACCUCGAAUCUCGUUACGAAUGGAUGAUUGAGGAACCAUAUCCUGUGCAUAUUCGAUUUAGUUUAUAUCGUGGACGACCAACAGUUGAAAUGCAAACCGAAUUUCAUCUGCAAGGUAAACAAGGAGCUAAUCGUGAAUUGUUGAUUCGAUUCGAAAUACCUCAAAUCGAUAAUGGUGAUCGAUUUUAUACCGAUUUAAAUGGAUUGCAAAUGAUUGCGCGAAAGCGUUAUGCAAAAAUACCAUUACAAGGUAAUGUUUACCCGCUUACAACGAUCGCUUGGAUUGAAGAUAAUGAACAUCGAUUCACUGCUAUGAGUGGCCAACCCUUGGGUGUGACAAGUCUACGUAGAUCAACAAUGGAAAUAUUCCUGGAUCGUCGUUUAAUGCAAGAUGAUUUUCGUGGUUUGAAUCAAGGCGUUCUUGACAAUCGUCAAACUCGCGAAAUAUUUCGGUUAAUGUUGGAACCAACAACAAUUAAGACAAAUUCAAGUCCAACGUUGACGAGUGGAAUGAUGUUUGAAUCGCAGACAUUAUUGAAUCCGAUUAUAGGUUUGACUACCAAGCAAAUCGACGAUGAUCGGCCACCGAUAAACAAGAUUUCUUCAUCAAAACUUAAAUUAUUACAAUCCUCAUUACCAUGUGAUUUACAUUUGUUAAAUUUAAGACGAUCAAUCUCUCGAUAUCGUCAAUUUAGUCUUUGGUUACAUCGUACAGCUUUAUCUUGUGAUUCUAAAUGCCUUCAAACGUCUAAUUCUACUUAUACGGUCAAUUUAUCAAAGUAUUUGUCCGAAGAAAUUGUUGAACGUUUAGAGCCAAAGAUCGAGCUAAUGAAUGGAAUGUCUUGGUUUCAUCAUUCGAAUCAAACCGUUCCGUUAAAUCAAACAAUUAGUAUCGGGCCAAUGCAAUUAUUAUCGUAUCGAUUAUAUCGUAUAACACGAUGAAAUUAUCAUGCAAAAAAGGGUUAACUUUUUUUUGAUAAUGAUAAUUUUAUUUUUUGACCUAGUCUUUGGUGCUGACUCACUGCACAUUGUUAUACACACUGUUCUAUUCAUGACUUUAUCA